AAUCUCGCAGUCUCUCUCUCUCUCUAAAAUCCAAGGUUUGGCUCUCACUUCUCACACAUAUUCGAAUUCAAUCGCCUCAAUUUGGUUCGAUUUCUGUCUAGUUUCUGUCCGAUCGAUCGCCAAUCUGACGAACACUUUCCGGUUAGGGUUUUCGGUGGAGUAGAAUCGAGCUUGAGAGCAAAACCUAAACCCAAUCAUGUCGCUGAGGCCAAACGCGAGGACGGAGGUCCGCCGGAACAGGUACAAGGUGGCGGUGGACGCCGACGAGGGGCGGCGGAGGAGAGAGGAUAACAUGGUCGAGAUCCGCAAGAGCAAGCGCGAGGAAAGCUUGCAGAAGAAGCGUCGUGAGGGUCUCCAAGCCCAGCAAUUCACUCCCGCGCCUCACCCUUCCAAUCUCGAGAAAAAGUUGGAGAGUCUUCCUCAGAUGGUGGCUGGAGUUUGGUCCGAUAAUACUAGUUUGCAACUGGAGGCAACUACACAGUUUCGGAAACUGCUUUCAAUUGAAAGAAGCCCUCCAAUUGAAGAGGUGAUUCAAUCUGGGGUUGUUCCUCGCUUUGUUGAGUUUCUUGUCAGAGAAGAUUUCCACCAACUUCAGUUUGAGGCUGCCUGGGCCCUCACAAACAUAGCUUCUGGAACCUCAGAGAACACAAAGGUGGUUAUUGAUCAUGGAGCAGUUCCAAUUUUUGUAAAGCUACUUGGUUCUCCGAGCGACGAUGUCCGUGAACAGGCUGUGUGGGCACUGGGAAAUGUUGCUGGUGACUCCCCUAGGUGUCGUGAUCUCGUACUUGGCCAUGGAGCUUUGAUUCCAUUGCUGGCACAGCUGAAUGAACAUGCAAAGCUCUCGAUGCUGAGAAAUGCAACAUGGACACUGUCCAACUUUUGCAGAGGCAAACCACAGCCUCAAUUUGAACAGGUAAGACCAGCACUUCCAGCUCUGGAGCGUCUAGUUCAUUCAAAUGACGAGGAAGUCUUGACAGAUGCCUGCUGGGCACUAUCAUAUUUGUCGGAUGGUGCAAAUGACAAAAUUCAAGCUGUGAUCGAGGCAGGUGUCAGUGGUCGACUUGUGCAGCUCCUCCUACAUCCAUCACCGUCAGUGCUUAUUCCUGCCCUUCGCACAGUUGGAAACAUUGUGACAGGCGAUGACCUUCAGACCCAGUGUAUAAUUAACAGUGGUGCACUCCCUUGUCUGCUGAGCUUGUUGACCCAUAAUCAUAAGAAGAGUAUUAAGAAGGAAGCUUGCUGGACCAUCUCAAACAUUACUGCCGGAAACAGAGAGCAGAUACAGGCUGUUAUUGAAGCUGGUUUGAUUGGCCCUCUCGUCAAUCUGCUUCAAAACGCUGAGUUUGAUAUAAAGAAAGAGGCUGCUUGGGCAAUUUCAAAUGCUACUUCUGGUGGCACUAACGAGCAAAUUAAGUAUUUGGUUAGUCAGCAGUGUAUAAAACCAUUGUGUGAUCUUCUUCUCUGUCCGGAUCCAAGAAUAGUCACCGUCUGUUUAGAAGGGUUGGAAAACAUCUUGAAGGUUGGGGAAGCAGAGAAGAAUCUAGGUAAUAGUGGAGAUGUCAACUUAUAUGCCCAGAUGAUUGAUGAUGCUGAGGGUCUAGAGAAGAUCGAAAAUUUACAGAGUCAUGACAACAAUGAGAUCUAUGAGAAGACAGUUAAAAUUCUUGAAACAUAUUGGCUGGAGGAGGACGAUGAGACAUUACCUCCCGGCGAUGGUUCUCAGUCAGGCUUUCGCUUUGGAGGGAAUGAUCUCCCUGUUCCGUCUGGUGGAUUCAACUUUAGCUGAAGAUAUUCAGUAUCAGAUGGAGCUGAAGUUGCAUAAUGAUGGGGGGUGAUGUUGGGGUCGGGUGGGUCGGGUCGGGUCAGGUCAGGUCGGGUCAUGGCAUCUCACUAUGUCGGUUUCCAGUGUGUCCAGUGUCUAUAUGUGGUCAAAGAGGUGCCAAGGUGGGUUAGUUAUGCUACUAUGACCAAUUUAACUUGGGAUUGGUGGGUUCAGUUGUGGCAUGACGUCUGGUUUUGCAGUGUUCGUUAUCACUGCAAUAGUACCAAAUGGAAUAUGGAAGCGUCUUAAGUCCUAUUGUUGCAUAAGCAGGGCCCUCCCACUAUUAAUGGGGUUUGCUAGUGGAGGCUUCUUGAAUGCGGCAAUAGAUCUUUCUUCUUUUUCUUUUUCUUUUUUCAGAGUCUUAGUUUGUACUUGUAAUUUCUACAAGAGUCGGGAUUUGUUUUGCCUUGUUGAGUGAGUAUAGUAUUUUAUAGAAAGUCGCUUUCCUUGUAUUUCAAGUGAAGGAAUUAGUGGGGUUUUGGUUUUAAAAACUAUAAAAUUCCUUGUGA